AUGAAAUUUUACACCCCUCUCGUUGGAGCAUUCGUGGCCCUAGGCCAGACUGCCUCUGAUGCCAAUUCAAAUUCUACGCAGUUCAGCUGGGUUUUAACCCCACCUUCGAAAACUCUGAAGUAUUACGACUGUUACGGAGGCUUCCAAUGCGCUCAAUUCCAAGUCCCGCUUGACUGGUCCAAUCCGAAUCUGAAGACAAACACGACUGUUGCUGUCGCCAUAGUAAAACUCCCGGCAACGGUUUCAGAGGACGACGCAACGUUCGGUGGUAGUAUCUUGAUUAGUCCCGGAGGCCCCGGAGAUUCUGGUACAGACUUGCUUCUUCGUUCGGGAAGCCGUUUCCAGAGCCUUCUGGCUGGCGAACGCAACUAUGAAAUUAUUGGUUUCGACCCCCGAGGUGUCAAUUUGAGCACACCUCAUGGCGAUUGCUACAAAGGCGACGAAAUCUCUCGAAAGCUGGACCAAGAGCGCAACACAGGUCUCAGCCCUAUCACGGAGGGUUUCAAUGCCCUCAAUUGUCACUAUGCAUCAGCUUUGGGGAAGAGUGAACUUUGUGAGGUUGAUGGUGUCAAUAGUAUCUGGGGUUACCUCAAUACCGCCUCGGUUGCCAGAGAUGUGAUUGAGAUUAUUGACCGAAUCGAUGACCUUCGCUGGCAGAAUCGCAACUCAACAAAACCGGCGAAUGCGCCAAAGCCUAGACUACAGUACAUCGGCAUAUCAUACGGAUCCUUUCUGGGAAACACAUUGGCUUCUAUGUUCCCCGAGCGGGUGGGAAGAAUUAUGGUUGACAGAAUCGUGAAUGCCGAGGACUACACCAACGUUGUGAGUUACUCAGUCCCCACUGACAUCUAA